UCCUUGCCCUCCAGCUUAUCCUUCGCACCCGCCGCAACCGGCAGCAGCGCUGCCACUGCGUCCUCUGCCGCCGCCCGCUCUUCCCACGGAUGUGAUCUUCGUGGUGGGAAGCUAAGUUUUUAAACUACCCCAAUGGAUGCAGACAGUGAUGUUGCACUGGACAUUCUAAUUACAAAUGUAGUCUGUGUUUUUAGAACAAGAUGCCAUUUGAACUUAAGGAAGAUUGCUUUGGAGGGAGCAAAUGUAAUUUAUAAGCGUGACGUUGGAAAAGUAUUAAUGAAGCUUAGAAAGCCUAGAAUUACAGCUACGAUUUGGUCCUCGGGAAAAAUUAUUUGCACUGGAGCAACAAGUGAAGAAGAAGCUAAAUUUGGUGCCAGACGUUUAGCCCGCAGUCUCCAGAAACUAGGAUUUCAGGUAAUAUUUACAGAUUUUAAGGUUGUUAACGUUUUGGCAGUAUGUAACAUGCCAUUUGAAAUACGUUUGCCAGAAUUCACCAAGAACAAUAGACCUCAUGCCAGUUACGAACCUGAACUUCAUCCUGCUGUGUGUUAUCGGAUAAAAUCUCUAAGAGCUACAUUACAGAUUUUUUCAACAGGAAGUAUCACAGUAACAGGGCCCAAUGUAAAGGCCGUCGCUACUGCUGUGGAACAGGUAUACCCAUUUGUGUUUGAAAGCCGGAAAGAAAUUUUGUAAGUCAUCAGGUAAUUGGUUAGAAUCCCAAACUGAGCACCUUUUAAAACCUGCUGCACAUUGGACUCAAAACAAAAGGAAAACUGGACCAACAGUAAUUGAGGAAAUAGACUCUUUUAUUCAUUCACGGCUACAGUGUAAGCUCCAGUCCCUUUGGAUUUUAUUUCAAACCUUGCUGUAAUAUAAAAAGGAAGUUUACAAGACAUGACAUUGCUGCUUUUACAAAAGGACAUUCUAUUUAUUUUCGCAGUAAUUUCAUGUCCCCACGAGCAGAGCUGUCACAGUGUGCACUACCUUAAAGUGUUUUGUUGUUGUCAUUAUUUUUUUCCAGUUUGAGCUGAUGUGUUUAAUUUGUGAAUAGUCUUUUACAUUUUUGUAUGCUGAAUAUGGGCACCAAAGAACCUGUAAAAGUUAUCUUUUUCAAUUGAAUGUGCACAAAUAAAAGUUUGGAAAAGAUCA